AGAGUUAAUCCUACAGUUGCCCAUUACAAGAAAGGAUUCAACUCAUCUCCUCUCUCUGUGAAGCAGCUGGGAGGCUCCAUUACCUUUACACCAUAAAUAUUUAAUGGGCAGGAAGGUGUAAGAUAACAGCAGUUAAAGGACAGUAAGAGGAACCUGCCGUUCCUGUGACUGGGAUAGGGAGCUUGAAUCCAACCCCGAGCUGCCAUAGCAGCAGGAUAUUUGCUUCUCAGUGUUUCACAUUAUUACUGCGUGGACUUUGCCUCCUGCAGAAAUCAGGAAACAGCAGCUCACUAGAACGAGAUGGCCAAGUUCCUGUCUCAGGAUGCAAUUCAAAAGUUCAAGGAAUGUUUUUCUCUCUAUGAUAAGAAAGGCAAAGGUAAAAUCCCAGCCGGGGAUCUCCUGACUGUCAUGCGAUGCCUCGGCACCUGUCCCACGCCGGGGGAGGUCACACGACACCUGCAGGUCCACAAAAUCGGCAAGGAUGGGGAAGUGGAUUUCUCUACCUUCUUGACAAUCAUGUACCGCCAGCAGAAGCAGGAGGACCCAGAGAAUGAGAUCAUGGUGGCCAUGUUAAUGUCAGACAAGCAGAAGAAAGGAGUCAUCCCACUGAAAGAGCUCAGAGCCAAACUCACUCAAAUGGGGGAGAAGCUCACACCAGAGGAAGUUGAUGAUCUCCUAAAAGGAGUUAAAGUGGGACCAGAUGGGAUGGUGAAGUAUGAAGAGUUUGUAAGGCAGAUCACACUCCCUGUGCCUGACUACUGAACUGCAACAACGCUGAAGAUCCGAAAUGUGUGUGGGACCAGUUUUAGAUCACCAUGUGUUGUUGAGCCCUGCACUCAGCUUCCUGAAUGGAUGUUAAAAUAGCACUCCCAGCUUCCUCAGCCACCCAAAGCUGCACCUAUCAAUAUAAUCUCAAAUAAUACCACUUUACUUUCUCAGCUCAACUGUUAUACUCACCAUCAUUUUCCCACUGUUGCCAGUAAAACACCAAUUGUCAUCACUGAGCUGACAGCUCUAGCCCUGCCUUUUAGUUCUGUCUACUGGAUAGAUCUUAUAGAAGAGGGGAAUUCAGCGCCUUAUAAUAAAGUAAUUACCAGAAAAAGUGCCAUUUGUGUAUUUAAUAUAAAUCUUUAAUAUAGAAUCUGUACAGGUAAUUAUCUCUAAGCUAAACAGGUGUAAUAUAUGCCACCAAUAAAUGAGAGCUGUUAGUGCAGAA